GUUAAAGAAAACAUGCAGGAUGAUUGUCCUGAACAGCAAAGCACUAGUUUAAUUACAUGCUGUGGAUUUAGAGAGUAAAGCAUAGCAGAGAGAAAAACCAAAAGAAAAGAAAAAAAAGGGAGAUGGGUGUGCUGAUCAACAGAGUGGAGAGAAGUGAGAUCAAGCCUGGAGACCACAUCUACACCUACAGAGCUGCCUACACCUAUUCUCACCACGGUAUCUUUGUUGGGGAAAACAAGGUGGUCCAUUUUACAGCUCAAAAACAUUUGAAUUCAAGCAGUUGGGCAUCUUCUGGUUCUAGCUUAUAUAAUUCAAUGAUCACCUGUUCUUCCUAUCCCGAAUGUGGAUUUAGGAAACCCAACAGUGGUGUACUCCGUUCUUGCCUGGAUUGUUUCCUUCGAAAUGGGUCUCUGUAUCGUUACGAAUAUGGAGUUUCUAAAUCAGUUUUCCUUGCUCAUGUGCGGGGCGGCACAUGCUCCACUGCAAAAUCUGACCCACCAGAAGAAGUUACCCGCCGAGCAUUGUAUCUUCUUCAAACUGGAUUUGGCAAUUAUGAUUUGCUUCAAAACAACUGCGAAGACUUUGCGCUUUAUUGCAAAACUGGUCUUGUGAUAGAAGGCAAAGUAAAAACAGAGGGCAGCGGCCAAAAAAAAGGAAACAAACUGGGGGUUGGAGUUGGAGCAAGUGGUCAAGUCUCUUCUGUCUCUUCUGUGUUUGAUGCCGCAUCGGAGGCCAUUCGUUAUUCUACUCUGAAGUCGCUGGUGUCACGAGCUACUGUAAUGGCUGCCAUGUACUUUUUGGACAGAUAUGCUACUGAUAUUGGCGUUCGAGAUGAUGUGAUCAAGAUGGCAGUGGAGGACUUGGCUGUCAACAUGGGCUGGGAAGGCCAUCAUGGGGAAGAAGCUGAUGACACAGAGGCUUCGAAGCAAGAUUUUAUUACUAUGAAUUCUGGUACGUCUUUUUAUUAG